GCCCGCGCACUCUCUCUCUCCGGCGACUCCUCCUUGGCCAGAGAAAGAAAUACUCCAGGCCUGUCUUCCCCUUGCCUGAAAUGGCGGGAGUCCUGUACUACGAUGAAGAAGCCAUGCACUCAUCAUCCAACAGAAUCCAGCCUUUUGCCUCAACUCCAAGGAUAAACGUACAGGGAGAAAAGCAAGGGGAGCAAGAGAAGUUUAGUAACCUGACCACCUCUCAGCUGAUCUGCAAAAGGCUAGGCCUUCCUGAUCUGAUCAAUUUGCAGGUUUGGAGGGCCUCAGUGGGCGAGCUCAUUGGCACGGCCGUCCUGGUCUUCGCUCUCGGCACCAUCACCAUCUCCUCUUAUGGCUCCGGAGUCAAGGAGCCGAACCUCCUCGCCGCCCUCCUGGUGUUCCUCGCCGUCACCGUCAUACUCCUUGCCGUCUCCCCAAUCUCCGGCGGCCACAUCAAUCCCGCCAUCACCCUCUCGGCGGCGCUCAUCGGCCUCAUCUCGCCCGGACAUGCCGCGAUCUACAUGGCAGCCCAAUGCACCGGAGGCAUCCUCGGCGCACUCGCUCUCAAGGCCGUAGUCUCCGAAGCCGUUCAAGCCAUCUUCUCCCUCGGUGGCUGCACCAUCAGCGUGAUCGCCCCGGGACGAGAAGGGGUUCCGAUACGACUUGGAGUAGAAACCGAGACGGCAUUCUGGCUGGAACUGUUCUGCACCUUCAUUCUCCUGUUUGCGUCCAUAUGGAUGGCGUUUGACAUCAAACAGGCAAGGGCACUGGGGAGGCAACAAGUGUGCGCGGCCAUCGGCCUGGUCGUCGGCCUGAUGGCGUUCGUGUCGUCGACGGUGACCGGUCACAAGGGCUACGCCGGAGCCGGGAUGAACCCGGCGAGGUGCUUGGGCCCUGCCGUGGUGAGGGGGGGCCACUUAUGGGAGGACCACUGGGUCUUCUGGGUUGGGCCCAUGGCUGCCUCUUGUGCCUUCUACUUCUACACCAAGUUGGUGCCUGCGGACCACUUUCAUGGGAGCCAUGAGUUCAAGUAUGACUUCCUCAAAACUGUGAAGUUGGUCACCUUGUCAGCCUUGGGCGGCAAGGGGAACUGAGCCCGCUCCAUUUCACUCUCUCUAAAACGGUUUCUGCUACCAUCUCUCUCUCUCUCUCUCAUGUUCACCUAUGUUUUAUGUAUUUGACUUACACAUUUGCUUUAUGUAUCUAAGUAUUUUCAUCCA